AGCGUUACAGAGGUAAGGUUAUGUUGCCUAGUUCUCUCUGUCUCUCUCAGUAUCUGUUCUAAUUAAAUUUUUCCGCCAACACUAUUCUAAUUAAUGUUGCCCAGUUAAAACUACGUUUGGUAUUCGUGUCAAAAAUCGUCAAAAAAAAUGGAAAUAGAAUUAAUUGAAUUGAAGGAUAUAAAAGCUGUACCAGAUAUAAUACACGUAUAUCCACAAAGAGUAAAGUCAGAACGCACGCCGCUUGUUAUUGACAAUGGAUCCUACAACUGUAGAGUCGGUUGGGCCACCGAGAAGGAACCGCAAUUAAUAUUUAAGAAUCUCAUAGCAAAACCACGCAAAGAACGUGGCAAGAAAGAUGGGGAACCUCAAGUAGGAAAUGAUAUUGCAAAUAUCGAAGCUGUUAGAUUUCAAUUGAAAACUCAGUUUGACAGAAAUGUAGUGACUCAUUUUGAGGCUCAAGAACAGAUAUUUGAUUACACAUUCUCACACAUGGGCAUAGACACUGAAGGAAGCAUAAACCAUCCGAUUAUUUUGACUGAAACGUUCCUCAAUCCCAAUUAUUCACGUAACUUAAUGGCAGAAUUGUUAUUUGAGUGCUACAGUGUACCAUCUAUAUCGUAUGGAGUUGAUUGCUUAUUUUCAUAUCAGCAUAACAACUGCCCACCUGAUGGCUUAAUAGUUAGUAUAGGAUAUCAUACGACUCACAUAAUACCAAUAUUGGAUGGAAAAGCAGAUGCCACAAAUGCAAGGAGAAUCAAUGUUGGUGGAUAUCAUAUCACAUCGUACAUGCAUAGACUUCUUCAGUUAAAAUAUCCAGUACAUGUUAAUGCAAUAACACCUAGUCGUGCAGAGGAGUUGAUACACGAAUACUCAAUGAUUGCCUUAAGUUAUCAGGAUGAAAUAUCCAAGUGGGCAGAUGUUGAUUAUUAUGACACAAAUGUUUUAAGAGUGCAAUUACCAUACAUUGCUCCUACUGCUGCUCCUGGCUUAACACUGGAGCAGCAAAAGGAAAGAAAACGGGAAUUAGCACGAAGAUUAAUGGAAAUCAAUGCAAGAAAGAGAGAAGAAAGGUUAGCUGAAGAUGAAGAGCAGCUGAAUCAACUAUUGGCAGUCCAAGAUCUCCUAGAGGAAGGUGAACUCGAUGAGUUUGAUCAGGCCUUAAAAUCUUACUCUCUUGCAAACGAGGCUGAUCUAAUAAAAAUGAUUCAUAAUUUGCAAGCAAAAGUAGAGAGGACCAGACAAAAGAUUGUUGCUGCUAACUCACAAGAGGAAAACAUUGUGAUGGAAGAACAAAAACCUAAAAUUAAAUCGAACCUUCAACCAAAAGAUCAACAGGAUUUCGACGAAUGGAUUGCUGGAGUUAGAAAAAAAAGACAAGAAAUAUUAGACAAACGUAUGGCGAAGAGGCAACGAAGACAAGACAUGGCAAAACGAAGGACAGCCGCUGCACAGGAAAGAAUGCGCAUAAUUAGCCAGUUGGCAAGAAAAGAAAAGCGCGAUGACGAUUUCGGUAUGCGGGACGAAGACUGGGACGUGUACAAAGUUAUAAAUAGGGAAGGUGGCGAUUCAGAUUCAGAAUUGGAGCAAGAAAAGCUGCUGGAACUAGAAGAUGUUUUACGUCACCAUGAUCCGGAAUUUGACAGUGCCGGAUCCAGUGUCCCAAUGGUACCCGGAGAAACUCACCAACUUCACGUGGGCGUGGAACGUUUACGUGCACCGGAAUUAUUAUUCCAGCCAUCUAUGGUUGGUUCUGUGGAGGCCGGGAUUGCCGAAACAAUCGAAUAUGUCUUAAAACAGUACUCGACUGAAGAACAGAUGCGUUUAGUCAGUAACGUGUUUCUCACCGGUGGACCGACGGCAUUUCCGGGUUUAUUGGACAGAUUGAAACGCGAACUACGUGAAAUGAGACCCUUUGGAUCAAGCUUUCAAGUGAACAUCGCGAAAAAUACUAGUCUGGAUGCUUGGUACGGUGCAAGAGACUUUGGAUUAAACGGUAAUCUUCCCGAAUACUUAGUCAGUCGCAAGGAAUACGAAGAGAAAGGCGGAGAGUAUUUCAAGGAACAUUCGACGAGUAAUACUUACACUCGAUCGCCUGAUCCUUUGCCAAUGAUACAAGCGCCCGUGACGUCCGAGCAAGUAAUCGUAGAGUGGAAAGCAAGUGAUACUGUUGUUGAUGUGGAAAUCGAGUAGCAGGUAAUAAUUAUAAUGUAUAAAUAAAUAUAAUUAUAUAUAUAAACCGAGUAUAUUUGUAUGACAAUAUAUAAUAAUAUGACUAAAUAGAGAAACAUAUAUAAACAAACUGUUCUCAAAACUUAUAUUUUUAUCAAGCUUUUUAUUUUUAUGAACUGUACAUAAAAUACUAUUUAAUAAUGAUGUAUAUAUAGAAGAUAAAUGAACUUUAUACUAAAUGGAUAUUAGUAAAAAAUACGA